UAUGAACUCCUUGCGAUUCGUCAUAUUGGCGGGCUGUGAUAAACUCGAAUGGGACGAGAGGAAAAUGUCUCAAUUGAAGGAAGACGUUCCCGAACUGUAUGAUCUUCUUUCUGAAGCACACAGCACCGGAAACUAUCGAAGAGUUCGCAAUUUGGGUGCAUCGGAAGGCAUCAUACAUGGCCUUGACCCAAUUGCUGAAAUAGACAGAGAAUCUAAGGCUGAUAGCUCAGAACGAAUUUUGCGUCCCCGUAUAGGCUCAAGCGGAUAUCAGCUAGCACUGUUUCUAAACGCCGCUUUCAUGGUAACAUACCAAGGGGACGCACUUGCAGACUUCUUCGUGAUGCCCCAUGAACUCGAGUCUGGUUACGACGACAGCGUACACUUCGGUAUUCCAAUUGUGCAGUCAAGCGGGACCAGCAAGUCUAGACUCGUCAAAAAACUCGGUCUUCAGCACGCGGUGUUCAGCAUUUGCAUUAGGAGGAGUCCUAUGAUGAAUUCUGGAUGGCCCCCGGGAGAUCUUUCUGUAGUCAAAUUCUUCGACGAUCUCAGCCAUCGUACUAUUAUGGGCGAGGAGAUGGCCGCAGCCUUCCUCGGAGCCCUGUUCGAGAAACUAGCACACUUCGUGGAUGGGACUUCGCCUGUUUCCUGCAUCCCUGGAAAUCACCAGGCCAACCGACGAAACAUCUUCUUCGACAUCGUUACAUCAAGGGCAAAGGAAAUGCUCCAGAAGGAACGGAGCUUUCUGGCUAAAGAAAGAGAUUGGGUUGUCAGGGACCUGAAGCAGGCUGAAUCCGCCCGUGAACGCGACGCCAUCUUGACGAGCGACGUGCUGCUGGAUCUUCGCGAUAAACUCGAUGCAGCUGGUCAUAAGCGGCUGUUCGUCGCACUGGACGAAUGCACGACCUUAGGACAGCCCUUCGAGGAUGAGAAAGCGCCUGAGCAGAACAUGUCACUGAUCGCCAUGCAUCGUAUUCUUAAGGCUGCCGACAAGCACGAUUUCAUCUGGUUUCUCUUCCUCGAUACAAACCCGUCAGUGAUCAUGCCAUCCAGCCCCCAUGGAUCCAUCUUCUUUCCCCCUGUCGACUACCUGCCACUGGACCCAUUCCUCUACCUUGGUUUCAACCAGAUGAAGGACAAGAUGCUUACAGGUGCGGUCAACGGAGACCUGAUCACAAAAACACCUUCAGAACCCAUCCUCGCUAUUGCUGCUGCCGACUCGCUUACCAGGGAUCGUGGCACUUAUGCUUCCGCACUGCUGGUUCUGGUCAAGGAGCUUGUUAUCCAAGGUACUAUCCUCGAUGACGGCGAGCUGUUCAGUCGUCUGUUGCUUUUACUUGCACGGGAUGAGGCGACCAUGGCUCAACAUUCGUCUUUUGUGACAAGGGGACUGUCGCCUGUCAUCCAUGCUAUUGAGCUGGAUAAAUUCUCUACGCUUCUUGGCACACCUGACGCGCCCAAUUUUACGGAACUUCUCAAGACGUGCAGAGGCAAGUGGGUGAACUUCACCCAUUUCGUUGCCUACGGUCAUGCCAUCGACGAGCUCACUCUGGUGGCCCUUGAGAGUGCUUGGUUUUCUGGUUACGCCAUUCUAUGCGCUCAGACACAACCUGUAUUCGACGGCAUCAUCGUUGUAUACGACGGCCCCUUGGACGCUGGAUACGACCCGCUCAAACUGACCUACAUCGCAUGGCAAUCAAAGGCGAAAUCUUCUAAUGCGAACGUCAAUCUGGGAGAUGGUCUUACUGGACCGCCCAUCCUCCACAAGAACCCAGACGGUUUAACCUACAAGCGCUUCAAGCCUAGAACCUUUGUCUUCCUUAUGGACCUAGUGUCUGAGGUGAGGUUCGACAGCACCGACUCUCAUAUUCAGCUUACGCUUCGACGAGCGACACCUUCAACGAAGUGGAAGGGAUAUGCGGACCCGGCUCUGGGAGAAGAAGAGCCAGAGAACUAUUGCAUCAUGAUUCGAGGGUCGUCACCGGAAUCGUACCCUAUGCUAUCGCAGUAUUACGAGCAUUAUGGCGUCGCCGAUGCGCUGAAGGCAUUGAUCAGUAUGCAGGAGGGUCAGACGUUUUUGAUUCAGCGGUUGAAGAUCAAGAUGUUGGAGGGCAUGUAUCCUUUCUGCGCAGGGGCUGGGAAGGAGCAUCGUGGCCGCAUUCCACAGGGUAAAUG